CCGUAGACGUCGUGACGCGGUGACGCCUCCUCCCGGUCUUCCUGGUCGGAGGAAAGUUUCGCCGGGGUGAUGGCGGCAGCGGUGAAAGUAAUGCUGGCCGGGGUGGUCCUGCUCGCCCUGUGCGGGGGCCUGUCAGACGGCCAGAAGAAGAAGGAGAUGGUGUUGUCAGAGAAGGUGGGUCAGCUCAUGGACUGGGCCAGCAAGAGACCCGUCAUACGCAUGAAUGGAGAUAAGUUCCGGCGGCUAAUCAAGGCUCCACCAAGAAACUACUCUGUGAUCGUCAUGUUCACAGCUCUGCAGGCACAGAGGCAAUGCGUCGUUUGCAAGCAAGCUGACGAGGAAUAUCAGAUCCUGGCAAAUUCCUGGCGUUACUCAAGUGCUUUUACCAAUAGGAUUUUCUUUGCUAUGGUGGAUUUUGAUGAAGGAUCCGAUGUCUUCCAAAUGCUUAAUAUGAACUCUGCACCGACCUUCAUUCACUUCCCCCCUAAGGGGAAGCCCAAGAGAGGGGACACGUAUGAGCUGCAAGUGCGUGGUUUUGCUGCAGAACAGCUCGCUCGCUGGAUUGCGGAUCGGACAGAUGUCAAUAUACGUGUAAUAAGGCCUCCAAAUUACGCUGGCCCUUUAAUGCUGGGUUUGCUCUUGGCUGUAAUUGGAGGAUUAGUGUAUUUGAGAAGAAGCAACCUUGAUUUCCUGCACAACAAAACCGGAUGGGCGCUGGCUGCCUUGUGCUUCGUGUUGGCAAUGACUUCUGGACAAAUGUGGAAUCACAUCCGUGGACCCCCCUAUGCUCACAAGAAUCCUCAUACUGGUCAAGUGAAUUAUAUACAUGGAAGCAGCCAAGCACAGUUUGUGGCAGAAACCCAUAUCGUUCUCUUGUUCAAUGCUGGAGUAACUUUGGGAAUGGUCCUUUUACAUGAAGCUGCUACUUCUGAAAUGGAUGUAGGAAAACGCAAGAUAAUGUGUGUGGCAGGCUUGGGGCUGAUGGUGCUAUUCUUCAGCUGGCUGCUUUCUGUCUUCAGAUCCAAAUACCAUGGAUAUCCGUACAGCUUUCUGAUGUCCUAGAUGCAGCUAAUUUGUACUGAAGACAUCGGUAAGAGACAUAGGAAUGGUUCAUGCUACUUCCUCACGAGGAUUCACCACAUUGGAUUGUGUCUAGGACACAUUUUGCAAUAGAACUUGUUAUAAUUGAGAUGCUUUUCCUUGGUGGUAACCGUGAACCAACGACCUUAUGCAGUGCCUUAGUGAAAUGCAGUGAAACCUCAUCUCCCCCAAAGUACAAGACCCCCUCCCGCAUUCCAUAUAAAGAGUAUACAGCCUAACAAGAGCAUUUCAUCUUUCUUUUCUGCAUAACGGUUAACAAGAGUACAACAUGAAGAUCCUUCGACAAACCUGGUGCAAUGAGAUUUCUUUAUUUGGCCUCAUAAUAAAACUAACUUUUGAUAGCUUGGUAUUUUUGGUGAUAUGUUUUAAUAUGGAUAUAACUUUUUUGGGUGGGGGGUAUUCACUAUUGUUUAGCUGUAUAUGUUUAAAAAAAAAAAAAAAAAAGAAUAGAUUCACCAUGAAAGCACAAGCCAUUGAUUACUGCUUCAAAGAAUUGUUCAUGUGAGGCCUAAGGUUAUGCUGAGAGGUUGUUAAGUACCAUUGUAAUACAGGAGGAAGGUACAGAGAUCCUGCUAAUGUCUUACCAUUUACCUGAAGGUAGCACCAUUUAGCAGCUCAGCUUGUUUAUAGAGCAUCAACUUAAACCAGUCAUACAUCCUAUCAGGGUUGAUCAUGCUGAGUUAAACCAUCCCUUUGUAUUUUAAAUCGUUGGCCCUGUUGUACAAAAAUCUGAAGUUUAUUACAUAUACUAAUAAGAUGUUUGGAGCACCGAAGGGCAGGCCUAGCCCCUCAGAGCUCCACUGCCCCAACGUCUUUCCCAUUUUGCCGCUCCUUAAAGUGACGAGGCCAGGCAUCCUCCCAGUUGGUCCUGUAAUCCUACGCAUGUGUCUGAAUGUUGAGUCAGCACAUGCGCAGUCCAGAUCUCAUUAUUUGAGAAAGCCUGCUGAGAUCCAAACUGUGCAUGCUCUGAUCCUAGACCCAUCUCUCUAUGCUUGGAGUACCUCAUUAGCAUAUGCAAUAAAGUGCAGAUUUCUCUGCAAUGAAAUCAACUAUUUCAUAUCAUUUAACUCGGCAUGAUCAACCCUUCAAAAUCAACUUGCUCAGUUUCUCCUGCUGUAUACCACGCUACUUAUGUUACUUUCAUACAAUGAAGCCUCUAAUAUUGUGCAUUAUACCAAGUAUAUUAUUAUAAGAUCAUACAUCCAUGUAAUGGAAUAUGAACAGAAGAUCAGUGUUGUGUACCUAACAGAAUGAACGGGACGGGAGCUUUACAUUGCUUCUUUAAGAGGUUUAUGCUGGGUUUAUUUAUUUCACUGUGUAUUAAAUGUACUUGAAUAUUAGACUUUCAGAACCAGAAACGAUCUCUAAGAAGUGCCUGACAUGUACACAGAGUAAACAGCUUAAAAGGCUGGUCUUGUGUUGUGCUGCCCUAUUGGGCGACUGAUGUCUUAGAAUAUUUUAGAUUUUCAGAAUUCUUAGAAAAAAAUGAUAUACUAGAAAUGAAUCAAAUGCAAUUGCAAGGUAACAAAAUGCACAGUUUUUUGACACUGCCUUGGAAAAGGUUAUUGCUUUCAAUUUCUAAUUGCUUGCAGAUUUGGCUUUUCUCGGUACAGGCGUUAGAAACAUUUACAAUCUUAAAGGGUUUUCUGCGAGUUGAGAGGAGCGUGUUUAGUUGUGUUAAAACUUUCUAAUGGCCUCAAUUCAGUUCCUGAGUUGAGAUCUCUGGACCACAUAUCUCUAUAGAGUGCAUACAUUGCAGCCUGUUAAUUUUUUUGUGUACUGUGCUUUAUGCAUAUUCUGCAGUCUGCAUGGAAACAAUCUUUUUUGCAGCUCCUGCAGAAUUCCUUUAAAAGGAAUCUGACAUUGAACAAGCAGUUUGAUCUGCAGGCAACAUGUUAUAGAGUAGGAAGAGCUGAGCAGAUUAAGAUAGGAAUGUAUGUAUAUACAGUAUAUAUUUACUCACACAUACAUAGUAAGGCUGGUUUCUGAUAGCUGUGUGCGGUCCAGGAAAAAAAUUGUCCAUUUAGAUGUCCACAUUUCCUGGACCCACCAUGGCUCGGCUGACCUUAAACCUAUUGCAUCAUUUGAACAUGGGGACAGUAGACAAUUUUUUUCCUGGACUGCACAGGGCCAUCUGAAACCAUCCUUAAUCUGGGCUUAUUUUGGGCUCAAGUUCAGUCGAUGGUCCUACUCAGUGACUGACCGUAUAAGUGUACAUAAAGAGCUGUUGGUCAUGGAGUAGGAGUGGCCACUGAGCAGAAAUUAAAAAGUGACAUUUUAUACUGAAUAUUUCCCCUAUAGAUCAAUCCGUCCAGUUCUCUGGCUCUAUAUCAAGCUCAUGUUCAAUGUGACUGGUUCUCUUAAAAGCACACAAUAUAGGUAACUAGGAUAACAGACUUGCUAACGGGGCCCAUUCAGCAGAGAGAUUAAUCAUUUUAGAAUACCUCCGGUUUCUGGAACAGGUUUCUUUAGUGGAUGCUCCAGAUGAACCUUGUACUUUUACAAUCUGAUUUUGUGUUACUUGAAUCUUCUGUAUUCCUCAAUGAAGCCUGCUCAAGAUUGGUCGAACAGAAAAGUU